UUACUAAAAAAAAAAAAAAACACCUCUCUCCCCUCCUUUGUCAAAAUAACAAUUCUUAAAAAAAAAAAAAAAAUACGGGAAGCAUGUAAUCGUAAACAGAUACACGUUCUUGAGUCAAGCAUGACCUCACUGUCAUCAUCUCAGUUAACGGGGUCAAGUUCUACAUGCAGGGCUCUGCCAGGGGAGGGGAGUCAGGUCCAUCCCAGUGCUCCUCUCCUGCAGAUCCUGAGAGUAGCAGGUGCUCAGGAGGAGGUGUUUACCUUGAAGGAGGUCAUGCACUACCUAGGUCAGUAUAUCAUGAUGAAGCAGCUGUAUGACAAACAGAUGCAGCACAUCGUCCACUGUCAAGAUGACCCACUCGGAGAGCUGCUUGAAGUGGGAAGUUUUUCUGUGAAGAACCCCAGCCCUGUGUAUGAGAUGUUGAAGAGGAAUUUGUUUAUAUUGAAUAGUCCUGAUGCAGCAAAGAAUCUUUCAGUCGGCAAGGAUUCUAAUGAGUCUCCAAGUGAAGAUCCUGGUCAGGUGUCUAGUGGGAUGAAUAUCUCUGGACAGGCUCUCAGCGCUAGGAAUGCCAGCACGAGUGCAACGCAGAGCUCCUCACAUCGCAGGCCACGCCAUCCUGAUGAGGAUUCUUCAGAUGGCUUACCCAGGUCUGCUUGUAAGCGGCCAAAGUUGGAUGUGACUCUGGAAGAGUGGGACCUGUCUGGGUUGCCCUGGUGGUUUCUGGGUAACCUGCAAAGUAAUUACACUCGCCGUAGCAAUGGCUCGACAGAUAUCCACACCAAUCAACUCUCUCCUGGACAGGACGAGGACACGGCCAUAGUGUCUGACACCACAGAUGAUCUGUGGUUCCUGAAUGAGGCAGAGAGUGAGCAGGUGAGUGUAGAAAUGAAGGAGGCCAUAUUGGAGCAGGGUAGUGAUGCAGAGUCUUCACAUGAAGAAGAGGAGACUGGGCAAGACAGGAAAGAAGACAGAAAGAUGCAAGAAGAACAGGAUGAGGACUCUCAGUGUUUGAGUGAUGACACCGAUACUGAGAUCUCCACACAGGAUGCAUGGCAAUGUUCUGAGUGCCGUAAGUUCAACACCCCACUCCAACGGUACUGCAUGCGUUGCUGGGCACUUCGAAAAGAUUGGUACAAGGACUGUACCAGACUCUCUGUACCAGACAUCCCUGCUUGCAGUUCCCAUCCUCAGAGAUAUGAAGAUAAGGAGGAUGAUGAUGGAAUCGACAUGCCUGAUUGCCUCAGGACAGUGUCUGACCCAGUCGUCCUCCCGUCACACCAUGCCUCUCGAAACAUCCCCCCUUCGUCCUCUUUCAAAUCCAAAGGGAAAGGUCCUUCCCAGCUUCAUCUCCACUCUCAAGAGAGCUCAGAGGGUGACAGCCAGGACAUGUUUGACAUGGAUACAGAAUGUCAACUGGAGGCCAUGCUUGAACCCUGCAAGCUGUGCCGACUGCGGCCCCGAAACGGCAAUAUCAUCCAUGGCCGCACGGCUCACUUGAUCACCUGCUUCCCCUGUGCCCGCAAGCUGCACAAAUUUAAUGCACCUUGCCCGGGCUGUGGCCAGAUUAUACAGAAGGUCAUCAAGACAUUCAUAGCAUGACCAAAAUGGGGAACAAAUUAAAGGCACUUAUGUGUUACACACACACACACACACACACACACAAACACACAAUCUCCCUGUACAUACUGAAGGACCAUUGCUGGACUAAUAUGUAAAAAUUGCACAGUGAUCUGUAAUGAUUUAUGUUGUACAAAGCAAGCAUACAUUAUGUACAGAAACAGAAUAUAAUUGAACCUAUAUCGGUGACUUAGAAACUGGUCUCAAAUGGAUGGUUUGCUGUUGUUUGUUAAUGUAACUUGGUUAAAGAAAAAGUAAUCUGUUUCCACCUUUUUGUCAGGUGAAAGAGAGAGUUAGCCACCAUGACUCGAUACUCACUGUCUUGACGAGUGAAAAGGUAUGAAGUUCAGAAAAUCAUAAUGGGCCUAAAAGAAAUGAAUGAUUUUAGUAGAUGUGCCUGCAUCAACACCAUUCAAAUCCUAGCCUUUAGUACUUUGUACAGUCCAGACACAGUCUGUUAUAGCUUGUGUCUAAAAGCCCUUUCUAUGCUCUUGACCAAUUUUUGUUUUUAUUUUUAAUGUAGAAUAAAAAGAAUAUAAUUUAGUUUUUCCACCUCCAAAUUUCAGGCACUUAAAGACUAAAUCCCUAGGUAGGCACGGCUGCAGAGUGAUGUCUAGUUGACCUGGUGGCGGAUACUGUAGACAGGUGCUUUAAACAGAUAUUCGUGAAUAUUUAUUAAUUUAUAACUUUAAUUUUUUUUAUAUUUCUGCCAUAUUUUUCAUUAAAAUACAGUACUUAAAUGUUUUAAAAGGUCAUCUGUAUUUUUGGCAGUAUCGGAACAAUGGAACUCCGCUUUAUAAAGUAUUUUGCGAGCUUAUUAGGGGUAUUGUCCUGUGCUAUUCUAAGUCCUGCCUUAUGUUUCCAGAACCAAAGUGGAUUGAUCAGUUUCAGUUGUAAAUUCUGUUUAAUAAUGUCCUCCGCCACCAGAGGAUGAUGAAGCUUUAUAAUAUACCACACACAGUAAAUCCAUUGUAUAUUUGUUUUGUUUUGCUAAAACGAUGCUUAUUUCUUGUCAACGCUGCGUUAUAUACCAAUUGAGAAUGCGAUUCUGAAAUUAGUAGUCCAUUUUAAUUUAAUUGUCUUGCACAAUGUGUUGUACAAAACCUGCUAUUUCACUGCCAUUAUGCCUCGUUGUAUCUUAUCUGAAAUUCAUCAUAAGUCAAUGCAAUUAUAUAAUGAAGAUAAAAACAAAUCUUUUUAUAUAUAUAUACAGUUCUUAUUUCUGGUCUGAUACAAUCUGGGCAUUUUUUUUCUCUUAAUAAAUGAU